AUGGUUAUAAUUGGUAUUCAAUGGGCACGUGGUAUUCUCAAGAUAAAUAUAAACAGAGCAGACACAAUCCAAAGAAUUCUCAUGCAGAUUUCUGAACAAAUCAAGGUUCCAGCAGAUAAAUUAACUUUAUAUUACGAUAGCGCUAUGACAAGUCCAAUGAAAAAAGAAUAUUCAUACAACAGAGCCUUGGCCUCCAAUCCAAAUAAAUCUUUGGCCUCAAAAUUGAACUCACUUAUUUAUCUCAAAAUCGACAACGGCGUACAGAUCUCUAAUGAAUUUAAUAGCGGCGUUUCGUUUUCUAAUGCUAUUGGCCAUAGUAUCAUGGGCAGCAAUGCAACAGAAGAAGAGAAGAAGAAAGUUAUUGAAAACGCAAAUGGUUUUGCAAAGAACGCUAUCACAGUUGACAUGUUCCGCAUUGCAGAUCGUUCCUAUCCAAUCUUCGGCGUCAGCUCUCUUACUAGCACUUUCGCUAUUCGUAUCCCACAAAAUAAGAUUUUGCUUCCAUUCCAACAAAAAGCACUCAUGACAGGGUAUAAGACCCAUAGAAUCAUGUUCCUCUUCGGAAGAAUCGAUAAAUAUACCGGCAAAGUUACUGUUCACUGCUCAUGUGAACCUCAACAAAAGAAUUUUGUUGAUCAUGUCGAAAUUCUCGAAGAAUUCAACAUGGACUUAGACAGAAACAUUGCUCAUGAGUUCGGCAUGGAGUGCGUUGGCAUGGCAAUCUCUCGUCCUGAGCCUACAGAAAAAUCCGAAGAUUAUAAGCACGAAAUGACCGAAUACAUGGUCAGACUCGCAGCCAAAUAUCAAGUCGAAAUUACAGAAUACUUCACAACAAUUGUUGUCACUGAAAAACACGCAGAACCAUACCAAGCAUCAGAUGCUGCCAUGAAAGCCUAUCAGCAGGGCUUAUUCUUACAGAGUUCAUCUCCUACACUACUCAAGUUCAAGAGCGAAGUAAAGCUCGGAACUGCAAAGCAUCUUAAAGAGUUAGAUUCGAAUUACGCCGUUGCCACUUUACGUAUUCGUAACGCAAACUCACAUUUCCCUGAUACAGAGCCAUUCCCUCCGCUCUCUGAGUACCCAUCUGUCAUGGAUGUGAAGAAAUACUUUGACGACAUGCAGUACUGCCCAAUGUGGUACCGCCUCUUCAACUUCAACCUCUUGUUGUACUUCUGCUACGAAAGAAUCAUCCCAGAAAGUGCAAUCGGAGAUGUCAUACACCAGAUCAUCCACAAGGCAAAUAUUAAUAAGUCUGUCGUAUCUAAUAUCGACCACUUAAUCGGCCAAAGGUAA